AUGUUUAGCGGAUUAAAGGAGAGGAUCAACUUCUCCUCAAAAGAUAUAGAUUCUGAAAGUUUCAACGAAAAAAAAUCAAAUGACGAAAAGUUGACCAAUGUGCAUUUCAACUACGAUAAUUUUGAUACAAUGGAUGAUUAUGAGUAUAUUGCAGAAUAUGCUGAUGAAUAUAAUCCAAAUGGUCUACCAAUAGCUACCCUGGAAGAUAAAUCAAAAUAUAGAAACAUCAAAGUGAGACCAACCAUUGCAGCCAUGUUGAUCUUGGUCUGUGAGUUUGCUGAAAGAGGUUCUUAUUAUGGUACUCAAGGUAUCUUGACUAAUUUCAUCAUGAGACCAUUACCUGAGGGUUCAACCACAGGUAAGGUCAUGCCGGGCCAUACAGGUAAUGCCGGAGCAUUGGGUCUAGGCUUGAAAGACGCCAAUGCCUUGGUCACCCUAUUACAGUUCUUAGCCUACGUUUUGCCAUUGGUUGGUGGUUAUCUUGCAGAUGACAGACUAGGUAAAUUCAAGGCAAUCAUGAUUGGUGUCUGGGUUGGUAUUUUAUCUCAUCUUUUGUUCGUCAUUGCUGCUUUGCCUCCAGUUAUUGCCAAGGGUCAGGCCGCUUUGGCACCUACCGUUCUUGCAAUUUUGUCCUUGUCUGUCUGUACGGGUUUCAUUAAGGCAAAUCUAUUGCCGUUAAUGCUUGACCAGUAUCCUUAUAGGACUAACGUCUUGAGAAGGGAGCCUACAGGUGAAGUCGUCUAUGUUGAUAGAGAUGGCUCCAUUGGUAGAUUGACCAUGGUUUUUUAUUGGUCCAUCAAUAUUGGUGGAUUCUUACAAAUUGCUACCACAUAUUCUGCUAAAAGAGUUGGUUACUGGUUAGCCUUUUUGUGUCCAAUGCUCAUGUACUGUAUUGUUGUUAUUGCUAUGUUGAUAAUUAGACCACAUCUUAAACAAGAAAUUCCACAAGGUUCUUUACUCAAGAAGGCCAUUUUAGUUAUGAAGGAGUGCAUGAAGGGUAAUUUUAUUAAGAGGUUAAAAAAUAAAGAAUUUUGGGCAUAUGCUUACCCAUCAAACAUGGAGACUAGAGGUGUUCUAGCUGAAAAAAUAUCUUGGACUGAGCAGGAAGUCAAAGAUUAUAAGUCCACAUUUACACAAUGUCUUAUGUUCGCAUACUGGGUCAUCUUCAACUUGUCAGAUACCGGUUUAGGUUCCACAUUAACAGCCCAAGCGGGUGCUAUGACAACCGAAGGUAUCCCUAAUGAUUUCUUCAACAAUUUCAAUCAGAUUGCAAUUGUCGUGGCAAUUCCAACUCUUGAUUAUGUUAUUUAUCCUUUGUUAGCAAAAUAUAACUUAACUCCAAAACCCGUCAUCAAAAUUUUCAUUGGUUUCAUGUUUGGUGCUUGUGGAUCUAUGGUGUCGGCAAUCAUUCAAUGGAGAAUCUACGAAACUUCUCCAUGUGGCUAUUAUGCAACAACUUGUGAUGAACCUUCUUCACUAACAGCAUGGUAUGAAAUUAUCAAUUAUGGUUUAUGUGCUUUGGGUGAAUGUUUCUGUUACACCACAGCAUACGAAAUUGCGUAUACCAGAGCUCCUGAUAACGGUAAGGGUUUGGUUAUGGCUUUGUUCCUCUUCAACUCUGCCAUCUCCUCUGCCAUCUCAGAAGGUAUCUCUGGUGCAUUGUAUGAUCCUAACUUGAUUAAACCAUUUGCAGGUAUUGCCGGUGUAGGUGGUUUCUUUGCAUUUUUGUUUUUAAUCCAUUAUUGGAACUUGGAUAAAAUUAUGGAACAAGAAGAACUGGAAAGAGAACAGGCUAGAUUGGAGGAGGAACACAAGCUUGCUAUUCAUCCAAUAACAUCAGCCACUUCUACUGUUCCAUUUGAUGAAGAUAACGAAGCAGAAUUACGUUCUGCUAUUCAGACGUUCUCAAAAUGA